ACUCAUUCCUAUAAUUCAAAGCACUCCUUCAACUAAACUUUCUCCCCUCGUCCAUCACAUUACAACAGUUCGGCUUCCAGUUUUGCGCUCAGACUUGUCCUCAACUUCCAAACCAAGACCAUCACCAUGACGCGUGCUCAGCAGACCCUCUCCGUUCUCCUGCUCGUCUCCUCGCUCUACCUUUCUCUAUACCUGGGCCUUGUUCCCCUCAACGAAACCAUUCAGAAUGAGAUAAUUCCUGUCCUUCCCUUCUAUGCUCUGAUAUGCUUUGGAUGCUACCUCCUCGGCCGCUUAGGCUUAGCGAUUCUCACUUUUAACGAUGUUCCGGAGGCGCACACGGAGCUGCAAAAGGAGAUCGAACAGGCCAAGGUCGAAUUGCGUAGGGCGAAUAUCGACGUUGACUGAAGUGUUUAAUGCGGGCGGACGACUGGACCAUUCAAAUCUCCACCAAUGUACUUUAUUGUGUGGGCUCUGUACAAUUUAUGUUUAUCCGAUAACGCAUCGCAUAUGAGAGAAGGGUUGGCGUUUGGUGCGGCACAUCCACAAGCGUUGAUUGCUACGGGCAGGGAUCGAUAUUACAGGUGCUGCACAAAGAAUGGCUGGGGCUUAGGAUUUAUCUAGUGGAUAAUUCCUAUGAUCAUAACGCUUCCCCUGUGAUGUAGUACUCUGUCCUCUAAGUUAUGCAGGGCCCAAUAGGCAAUCUAGACCAAAAACCAGGUAGGCCAAGGACAAUGGCCCGAAGUAACUGCUUCCAUCUUGUUGUGCCGGAUGAAGAUCCAACAGAUACGCUGAAAUGUAGGGGUUUCCCCUAACCAGUCCUGGUGGUUCCGGAGGGGUAAGUGCAGUACUCGAAGACGUUACGGCCGUCUUUCUAGUUCUGUGUGAAUGAUGAAAUAUCCCAUU